UGGUUGUGAAAAAUUAAAGUUAAAAGAAAAUGCAAUAAAUAUUCAAGGCACAAUGACAAAUAUCAAAAAUAGUAUCCCCAUUUACGAGGAACAACAAAUAAUAAAUGAAGAAACAGCGAGUAUUCAAAAAAUAUUAAAUCAAUUUAAACAACCAAUACCUGACGAAUUUACUGAAUUAGGUCAACCGAAAAAACAUUGA